AUGAGCAAAAAGGUUAACGCCUGCGAUUUCUCCUUUUUCAUCUCCAUCGCGGCACCAGACGCACCUCCAGACAGGCUAAAGACUGUAUGCGACUGGGGAAAUUGGGUCUUUCCGUUCGACGACUUGUUUGACUCAGGCGAGCUGAGGACCGACCUUUCAACAUCCGAACGUGUUCUCGAUAGCCUCAUGGCCAACAUGAUGGGCAAUCCCUUCAUCGGAUACAAGCUUCCUAUCGUCAAGGCACAUGACGACAUCUACAAACGGUUCGAAAACGGCUCUUCCUACGGUACUCGGAGACGAUUUGUUCGUGCUAUGCAGCAAUACACAUUAGGUGUAGCGCACCACGUCGGACAUUUCACCACCAAUCACAUCCCGUCCCUACAGGAGAUGCUAUCGACACGGCAGCUAUCGGUCGGCGUCGCGCCACUCUACCAUCUCGUUGAGUACGCGCACGAGAUUGUGCUUCCAGAUGAGAUCUUCGAGCACCCCGUGAUCCAAGCACUAGAGCGCCUCGGUGCUGACUUCGUUAUUCUAUCUAAUGAUAUACUCUCGUACCGCAAGGAAGAGUCUAACAUCCAAUAUCGCUGCAUAGGAAGGGGCUUUUGUGGUAGUAUCUGGACUCCUGGAAACGCCCAACACAAUGACGACGGGCAAGUUGCCAUCAAGCGCGAAGAUGGCGGACCUGGUAGAUCAGUCACGAAUGAUUACAACAUGCAUCUUCGAGUUCUCCAGAGCGCAAUCCAACAGCCACCAUUGAUGCCUCUUUCAAUUCCUUACUGUCACAACCUCGUCCAAACCGACGAUGCCUGGUGGCUAUCAAACCUACAUCGAUUCCCUUCUGGCUACACUGCUUGUAGAGCGCUCAUCUCGGAACGAAUCCCUAAGAUCCCAAGGCCAAUCAGCAACAAGAUUGUAGAUCUCUUCUGCGCUGGCAACGCUCAACUAUCCACCUUCGUAAAAGGCAACCCAGAUGAUGAUGCAUGCCUUGUUCGACCAUAUCUGGGACGUCGGCGCCGGCACAGACAAGAGGGGAUAAGCGAAUCACGCUUCCAGCGCUUCAGUCUGCGGAACGUUCCUUUACACAUCGAUCAAAUGGAAGCCUUAGACCUGUGCGCUGGAUUAUAUGCAGAGACUAUGGCAGAGGCUCUCGCACUGAUGCACUGGGGUGCGGAAAUUGAUGCGAACGACGUCGAAUUCGUGCUAGCCCCACCACGAAGCAAGCAUACACAGUCAAUGGCUUUCCAGUCUGACUAUCUGGGUACCCACUGCAUGUGGAUCCUCGAUUUUGACUGCUGUCGGCCUAUGCGGAUGAAUGCAGAGGGAGUUGAGCAGGCCUGCGCAGCAUUUUUCAGGAAUGAUCCCUUUUAUCCAAGACCGGGGACUGGAGAGACGGCUGAUGAGGAACUGUGGGUUGUUUUCAAGCAAAGAUUCCUUAGUUCUAGUUACAGAUUUCUGGGCGGAACAAGACAGCAUAUAUGGUACCUUGCAGACAGGCUGAUGCAUAGAAUUGAAGAGGAGGCGCGGUCAAGGUCAAGAGAUAUAAAUUCCAGGCCUUCUCAAUGA